AUGAUUUACGCUUGGAUUCAGUUGUUCCUGCUAAGCAGUUUCUUCUGUGGGGUUUUCCCAGCUCCCUUUAGUACUCAUUAUGAGGAAACGGAUCCAGAGCUGACUGCAGGGUACUUCCAAGGUGAUAUGGAUGUGGACUUCACCCGGAAUGGACACCUUUCUGAGACUCGUCGCUGGCCAAACGCCACAGUUCCGUACAGGAUCUCUGAGGAGUUCGAUGCUCCUUACGUGGAAUACAUUAAGAUUGGCAUGCAAUUCAUCGAGUAUUACUCUUGUAUUCGCUUUGUGCCAGCAACUGAAGACGAGGAAAACUAUGUCUUUGUGCUUCCAUCCACAUCGGGAUGUAGCUCCAACGUGGGCUACCAACCAGGUCAAAGAACCGUCAAACUAAAACCUGGACCUCUGGAUUCUGGAUGCUUCAAACUGGGAACGAUCCAGCAUGAGCUGCUUCAUACCUUGGGCUUUCACCACCAGCAAUGCUCUCCGGAUAGAGAUGAGUUCGUAAAGAUUGUGGAUGAAAACAUCUCCGAGGGUCACGAAAAAAACUUUGUCAAGUACGAAGAAGACGUAGUUGGGGAUUUCGAUCAGCCCUAUGACUAUGGAAGCAUUUUGCACUACAGUUCCUUGGCAUUUUCCAUCAACGGCGAGGCCACAAUUGUCGCUCUGAAACCAGAGGGCCAGGAUUUAAUGGGUCAGCGUUUGAAGAUGAGCGAUACCGAUAUCAAACGAUUCAAUACAAUGUACAAGUGUCCAAUUCAAUUGUAAAACUUUUUGAUACCUCAAAGAAAGAGAUUUGGUUUUCUGUAAAAGAACUCAUAGAAUUGUCCAAAUUUAAACAAUAAAAUUCAAAGUCAUUGACCUUUGCCCUAA